CUCAAAUCUUCGUUAUGUCAGCAUAUCCUUUCUAAACGGCUCUUGGACCAAGAGUCAACAGCAAACAACAUAGCACAAGCUAUUGAUAUUCAAAGGCCUAGCCAAAGGGAAACACUGAACUAAUUUAGAAUUUGGAGAUUUCCAAAGCAGCCAUCACAAUGUCUAAAGAUUCCUCACCCACGUAUAUCCAUUUCCACCACCCCCGCCUCGCCGACCUUUUCGAAGAUUUUAACCGCCCAUACACCUCUGCGGCCAGCAUAUCCUCUGCAAAUAACCCUUCAUCGAUCGCUAACCCAGCCCACCACGCCCAAAACCAAUCCAUACCAGCAUCCCAAACCCCUUCUUUCCUCCCCAUCGAAGACAUCUUUGUCCUUCCGCAAUUUCAACCUGUGAAUCCUGAAGAUGAGGAUGACGUGGUUCCAGAUCAGCAUGCGGCAUUUGGAAUUACGAGGGCGAUGGAUGGGCGGAGGGAGACUGUUUGGCGCGAUCUGGGGUUGGAGGAGCUGAUGAGAGGGGUGAGGCUUGGUGGUGCGGAGAGGAAAGGUGGUGGGGAAGGAGACUUGGUGGGGAGUCGAGCAAGGAGAAUGAGGAGGGUUGUCUGUUUGAGAUGAACGUUGCUUUUUUGCGCUUUCACAAGGCUAAUGGGGUACAUACUCUUUGCGUUUACUGUUCGCAUACGGACUGGAACUUGGUCGAGGCUGGCUGCAUGGAAUGGCGUAUGAGUUAUCCGGUUCUAUGUCGUUGAGCGAGAGGGAGUGCGCCAUCAUUAGAUACUCUCGGAAUUCGUGUGCGUUGCUAUCAUAUAAUAACGAUGUUCGUGAUGAUUUUAAUGGAUACGAGCCCUUAAC